AUGUCGCCCACAGACUAUAAACCGGCCAAGCCGCUCCCCCUCGCCCAAGCCGCCGGCUUCCACACCUCCCCGCAACAACAACGCACCCACUCCCCACACAUCGUCGACCAAGCCGUCCCGCGCAAACCCAUCACCGCGAGCAAAAACGGCAGCGCCGACAGCCCGCCCCCCAACGCCUCCGCCAGCGACUUCGCCCGCUACCACUUCGAGCACAGCCCGACGGCCACCCCGACGCGGACGUCGUACGCCGAGGACCUGGCCAUGGACCCGUCGGUGCGGCUCGAGGAGUACGACUGGGCGGGCCUGGAGACGCAGUUCGCGAAGCGCAUGGAGGCCUUCAAGGCGGUCGAGGAGGGCAUCUGGGAGGAGUGGCGCGGGUGGGGGGAGGUGUUCGGGGCGUGGGCGGGCACCAUCAGCGUGCACGACGAGGAGCGGGCGGGCAAGCGGCUGCGGACGCGGAUCGCGUACACGCAGGGCAGCGAGGAGGGGCUGGAGGCGAAGCGGAUGCACUAUAUCAAGGUCGUGCAGGCUUUUGAGGGGGCGCUGGCGCUGUUGGGGGAUGGGUGA